AUGAGGUGUGUGAGACGCUGUGCUCUCCCCCUCCCCCUCCUCCUCCUGUGGCCGGUGGCGCUGGGGCUCGCGGACGGCGGCGCGGUGCAUGCUGGGGUCUGUCCCAACUCCCUCAACCCGCACCUGUGGGUGGACGCGCAGAGCACGUGCGAGAGGGAGUGUAGUACUGACCAGGACUGUGCCAUCUUUGAAAAAUGUUGCACAAACGUGUGUGGUCUGCUCAGCUGCGUGGCGGCUCGUUUCUCAGACGAUUCUUCCUUGUCACUUGCUGCUCCUGAUGCCCAACCAGGUACAAAUGUGUCCACCGAGGGUAAGGCCAGCUGUGAUGGCUUCCUGUGCAGCCAGCAGGGGGCAGUGUGUGUGAUGUGGGCGGGUCAACCUGUGUGUAAGUGUCAGGAUCGCUGUGAGAGUGAGCCCAGCUUUACCUGUGCCUCUGAUGGCUUGACGUACUUUAACCGGUGUUACAUGGACGCAGAGGCUUGUGUUCAGGGUGUGACGCUGACCGUGGUCACAUGCCGAUAUCAUCUGUAUGCAAGCCCCACCCCAUCAGACACCACAGUCCCACCCACACCCACUUCCUCUGCCCCUUUCCCCCCUACUCUUUACUCCAACCCCCAGCACCGGAUUGUUUACCUAGGAGGAACCGUCAGCUUCCACUGCGAUGUGAUUGGACAUCCGAAGCCUGACAUCACUUGGGAAAAGCAAUCAGAGCGUCAGCUCAUGAGGCCAGAUCAGAUGUAUGGUAAUGUUGUAAUCACAAACAUCGGACAGCUUGUUGUGUACAACGCUCAGGUGUUUGACACAGGAAUCUACACCUGUGUUGCUCGCAAUUCUGUUGGUGUUCUGCGUGCUGAUUACCCUCUUUCAGUUGUUCGGCGUGAUGAACGUGACGACUUUGAAGACUCUGACGGGGGAACGGACCUUCCUGAGCAGCCAUUUUCUCCGUCUGACUGCUUGUUGAGUGUCGAACGAGGAAAGUGUGGUGAGAGCCAUGUGGAUUGGCAUUACGAUGCUGUGCUUGGCUCCUGCCAGCCCUUUACACAUGGAGGGUGUCUGCAUGGGAGGAACAGGUUUGAGACAUAUGAAGAGUGUCAAACAUCCUGUGAGCAUGAGGAGAUGACCGUGUGCAACCUUCCAGCUGUUCAAGGUCCCUGCAGGAACUGGGAGCCCCGCUGGGCUUACAAUGCUGUCACCAAGCAAUGCCAGGCCUUUGUCUACGGAGGUUGCCGUGGGAACAGUAACAACUUCCACUCCAGGGCAGAGUGCCAGACGAGCUGUCCACAUCGAAGAUCGCGACCAUGCAUGAGCUGCAGGCCAAAGGGUAGACUGGUGCCUAGUCUGUGCCGCAGCAACUUUGUCAUCGUGGGCCGUCUCACAGAGCUGAUCAAGGACCUGGACUCAGGUAUUGCUCGCUUCAGUCUAGAGCAGGUACUGUGGGAUGAAAAGAUGGGCCUAAAGCAGUUCAAGGCUCGAUAUCUUGAGGUCACACUGGUCCACAUGGAUUGGAGCUGUCCAUGUCCCAACAUCACUAUGCAGGAAGAGAGCCCCCUGCUGGUAAUGGGGGAAGUGCAGGACGGCAUGGCAGUGGUGCUGCCUGACAGCUACGUGAGACCCGUGUCCGAGCGCAGAGUGAAAAAAGUCCAGGACAUUCUAGCUAAGAAGACUUGUGAGAUUCUGCAAAGGUUUCAGGACUGAGCACAUGAGUGUUUACAUUUGUAAGCACUUUACAUGUGCUGAUAUUACCAUUUUCAUUCAUUGCAAUAAGAUUCAUGGGGUAAUGACUCUGCAACUGAAACAUCUGACUGGCCUGAAUUUUCUCUUCUUUAGGUAUUCCUGUUAAU